ACAAACCCAGCAAGAAAAAUGGAAACUGCCGCGAUUCAACUUUCACCCUCCCACGUUGGGCUCAUCAAAGCAUCAGGGGAGGUCACCAAGGAAUCGCUUGAGGCAUGCAACGAACUGCUCCAAAAGAAUCACGAAGAAUGGCACAUGUUCUUCCGCGACACGGCCGGCCAUAACCAUAUUGUCCACAGCCUUCUUACCGUGCUGGCCCUGGGCGCUGGCCCAGAAGAAUUGAAAGCGAGAUAUGAAGAUGGUGUACCGAUCCAGCGUGUAAUGCCUUCAGUGGAUGACGAGUUAUUGGAGACUUUGAGAAAGAGCGACGGAUCUGAUGCCCUCUAUGAUUCGAUUGUUGGACAGGUUCAUCAGUACCACACGUAUCUCGAAUUCUUCAAAGGCGAGAUCAGAGAAAAGGGCUGGAAAGAGGUCAUACAGCAAUACGUCCUAGCACGUAGCAAACUGUCUGACCUUAUCCUUGCACGCAUGUAUGAAGGCGCCUACCACCCCAUCAUCCACCUCGGUCUCGGCGUCGAGUUCCAGCAACCAGCCAUUGUCGCGGAAGCACUGGCCCAGGCCGCAGCCCACGACGACGCGAGAAUUAGCACGCUCUUCAAAAAUGCUGAAGAGGAGGCCGCCAUUUCGUACCCAGCACGAAAGCCCAAGUCGAUGCUGGAGUUGGUACACGAGGUGCGCGCAACCGACGCCAUUCGUAACGCACCCAAAUGGACUGAUUUCGGCAACAAAAUGCGCGACGGCAUUGUCGGCCGCGCAGGCGAAGCGAUGGCUAGUCUGGCGGCGCAGUUUCGCAUCAAGAGCGAUGAGAAGGAUCUCGAGCGGCGGACGGCAGAGAUGAUCAGUACGUGUGCGUACUUUGCAGGAGCUGCGCAGGACAAGAGCAAGCCCAAUCGUAGGAUCAAGAUUGAUUUCUUCUAUAUGCACUGUGUUACUAGCAGCAUAUUCUUUUCCGUCUUCAACAAGCAAGACUGGAUCAAACUCGAGGACCGCGUGCGUCUUGUUGAAUGGAAAGCACGUCUGGACCUGGCCUGGUACGCCGUUUCAGGAUCUGCAGUACUCGACGGCAGCGCUAUCUCGACAUACUCGUCUCCCCACAGCGAUGGGCUCGACUGGGAUGGGCUUUUCGACAGGGUCAUCAAGGAGCAUGACGAUGGGCACGCGGCCAAGUUCAUACGUGCUCUGAAGAACGGAGAAGACUCUGCGAAGGAGUUUGAACAGGGAGAGUACAAGGAAUAUUUUCCAAUGCAAGGAGACAUGUGGCUGAGGCUGGCGAGAAUGUGUCAGGAUACAACCGAAGGCCGGCCUUCGGAUCUCAAGUGGGUGCCGUUCACUGGAUUUGAUCAGCCUUGGAACAGGCCGGACUUGGCUGCCCCGUAGUUUUCACGUGACUUUUAGUAAGCUAAGCAGAUAGAUGAAUGUUGAACGAAAGUUGC